UGGAAGGAAUGAUCCGACGUUGUCUUGUCGAUUGUCACUCGAAAAAUUUUGUUUUGAAUUUCAUUCUAACUUGAAUUUGAGUUUACUUGCAUUUUUAGUUGAGUGCAAUUAUUAAGUGCAUGCCAUAAGGCUUUAAAGUGAAUUUGGACUCUUAUCACGGCUAGUAUUUCGCAGUAAAAAUGCAAACACCUCACAGCAAAAAGCGUGUUUGCUACUACUAUGACAGUGACAUCGGAAACUACUAUUACGGCCAAGGCCAUCCAAUGAAACCACAUAGGAUAAGGAUGACCCAUAAUCUCCUCCUGAACUAUGGUCUAUACCGGAAAAUGGAAGUUUAUAGGCCACAUAAAGCCACAGCUGAAGAGAUGACUAAAUUUCAUAGUGAUGAGUAUAUCAGAUUUCUUCGCAGUAUUCGACCAGAUAACAUGGCUGAGUACAACAAACAAAUGCAAAGAUUCAAUGUCGGGGAAGAUUGCCCUGUUUUCGAUGGCCUCUAUGAAUUUUGUCAAUUAUCUGCCGGUGGAUCAGUAGCAGCAGCCGUCAAAUUGAACAAACAGGCAUCAGAAAUCUGUAUCAACUGGGGUGGUGGACUCCAUCAUGCAAAAAAAUCAGAAGCAUCAGGCUUUUGUUACGUCAAUGAUAUCGUCCUCGGUAUCCUAGAAUUACUGAAGUAUCAUCAGAGAGUACUGUACAUUGAUAUUGACGUUCAUCAUGGUGAUGGUGUAGAAGAAGCGUUCUAUACUACUGAUCGUGUCAUGACCGUAUCCUUCCAUAAGUAUGGUGAAUAUUUUCCUGGCACUGGAGAUCUCAGGGACAUCGGCGCUGGCAAAGGGAAAUACUACGCUGUUAAUAUUCCUUUAAGAGACGGAAUGGAUGAUGAGAGCUAUGAAUCUAUUUUCGUUCCGAUCAUCUCUAAAGUUAUGGAAACAUUUCAACCAAGUGCCGUUGUUUUACAAUGUGGUGCUGACUCUCUAACAGGAGACCGUCUGGGUUGCUUCAAUCUCACUGUAAAAGGCCAUGGAAAGUGUGUAGAAUUUGUGAAGAAGUACAAUUUACCGUUCUUGAUGGUCGGCGGAGGAGGCUACACAAUCAGAAACGUAUCUCGCUGUUGGACUUACGAAACAUCUGUUGCGUUGGGUGUUGAAAUAGCCAAUGAACUUCCUUACAACGACUAUUUCGAGUAUUUUGGUCCUGAUUUCAAACUGCACAUCAGUCCGUCAAAUAUGGCCAAUCAAAACACUCAAGAGUACCUAGAAAAAAUUAAGACUCGCCUCUUUGAAAAUCUCCGCAUGUUACCUCAUGCCCCUGGUGUACAAGUUCAAGCGAUCCCGGAGGACGCCAUCCCAGAUGAUAUUGAAGAUGAGGACAAAGUUAAUCCUGAUGAAAGAAAGCCGCAAAGAGACGAAGAUAAAAGGAUCACUGCUGACAAUGAAUUUAGUGAUAGCGAUGAUGAAAGUGGAAACAGGAAAGAUCACAGAUCAUUCAAGAGCGGUCCAUCAACGCCAAACAGCAAGAGGCCUAGAUUAGAGCAAGUCAAACCGGAUGGUGACACGAAAGUAGAAGAACCUGUGAAAACAGAAGUUAAAGAUUCAUAACAUCUCUGAAUUUGAAGUCUGAAGAUAAUCUCAAUUAUUUUAAUGUGUUGUAUCCUAUCAUCAAACAAGAAAUCAGAAACCUCGCAAAAACUGCUCACAACCUACGAACCAGUAGAUUGCUACAAUAAGUUAAGAAACCUCUGCCUGACGAAGUUUUCUGUUCCAAUCGACUUCCGGCACUAUUUAUUAUUGUAAUCUCCUGAAUUCGAUCAUUCAGCGUUAAACAUCCUUGUUCCUAAGCCCUCUCUCCCAAAUAGCGUCAAUUUGCAAUCAUGUUUUUACACUUUUGUUACUGAAUUAUCUGUAUGUUCUAUUGAUCUCCUACGAUUUUAAUUUUUCGUUCCCAGUCCUUACAUGUUGUCACGUCUUAAAUGUGACUUUCGUUCUCCUAUAAAAUUCACUGGUCUUGAUAUGUUUACUUAUUUUUUUUCUUAGUGUACAAUGGUUAAGUGUAACCGAGAGUAACAUUUACUAUCCAAUCUCAUGAAAGGGCUCCUUUUCUUUGUAAACCUAGGCCUCGAUGUUUCUAAGAAUUAUUUUCUCUUCACCUCUAUAAAUUCAAUCUUAUUUUAUGACCUUAAUUGUGAUUCCUACAUCAUCUCCUGUUUAAUUAAGCGUAUUUUAUUGAUGUUAUGAUCGACGACUAUGACUGAUUGCACCUUUCAUUCUGAAAAAUUGUCAUCAAUGACCGUAAUUUUUUUUCUGUCAUUAGAUUUUGCAGACUCAUUUUGUGUCUCAAUGGUAGAGUCAAACCAGAAAACAUAAUAUCACCUCAUUAUACUUCCCUCAUGGGCCUACUGCGAUCAUAAUUUUUCCAAGGAGGGAAUAGCUCUCGUCUAGAGUGUUUGAUGUGUGACAGAGGGCAAAAAAAAUUGAACGUUAAACGAUUUCAAGAUAUGUCACGCUCUGAACAGCAUUGAAAACUGCCAUUUUUAGCAUCAAAAGUGCUAAAUCGAAGCUUUACCAGCAUCGGUUUUUUUUUUUUUUAGAUGAUAGGAGGAUGUUUGAAAAAGUAAAUUUAAGUACUUUUAGAUUGCAUGGCAGGCAUUUAAAUAGAGAAGGGUAAUUCUGUAGGUCAAAGUUUUUGCACUGUAUUCAUUGAAUCUCCCAUUUUAAAAACGAUCGCGACCAAUCUCGGAAAAAUUAACUUUUUCAGGAGACGAGAAGAACUGCAUAACAGCCAAGAAAAGAGUGUUUUUACGCCAAAAAAAAUGGACAUUGUUAAAAAUCCCAGUUGGGUCAUUUUCAAACUGUGAGAUUCUAUUGAUAAAAGACCUCUUACCUCAGGCCCCUUAGGUGACAGUCAACGUUCUCUCUUCAAAACAACCUCUUUUUUGACCAGCAGUUUGACCUUUCCGAUCACUGUGGAGAAAUAGUGUUCUGCGUGCGCAAAGUAAAUAAGUAAUCAAACAGAAUUUAUCUUUUCGUCUAUAUCUGUAAAAAUCGAAAAAUAAUUUAUAAUGAUUCCUCGAUAUUUGAUGGAAUUUUCCACAGCAUGUGAUUAGUAAUUAAACUGAUUUAAGUUCAUCCUUCAGCCAGAAUUUUGGUCAUAUAUUUGACCAAAUCGUGCAGUGAGGAUGUUCGUGCACUUGGAUUGUUGAAUGAGCGCGUGUUUGUGUGUACAUACCGAGAAUCUGAGUGUCUUAGUUCAAUUUUUUGUCGAUUAGCGUCAAUAGCCAUCAAAAGCGGAUGUUAAUUUGCUUGCAUAUCUAUUUUUCUUCCCUUCAAUGUAAUCCCUGUUUUCCAGUUCAUUUCAGUCCAGCAAGGAUUGAAAAUUGUAAAGUUUUUAAACUAGUUUCGUUUAUAUUUUUAUAUAACAAUGAAUUUCAAGCUAAAGUAUUAUCAGAAAGUUCAAGUUGAUUGGUUACUAUAAAAUCUAUGUCGCUAUGAUUUUUGUAUAAAAAUUCCAGUGAAAUCUUGGUCAUCCAUAAAAUUUGUGAAAGUUGGCCUUAGCCCAGAAAAGCUAAUGCCUAAGUAGCAGAGUAAAUGUAACAUGAAGUGUUGGAUUUGUUUGUAACACACUUCACAACGACUAAUUUAAGAAAUUUCAGAAUGUGAUAAAGAAAUCAAUUUGAAUAAGUAAUAAAUUUAAUAAACAUUA